AUGGCUAGCAACAUCCUGCCAGGCCAUCAUCAUGGGCACAACAGCUCUGGUCACAAUGAAUCAACCCCGCUUCUGCCACACAUCGCACACGAGGGCGAAAGUGGCAGAAGUGGCUUCCAUCCGCGUCAUUUUCUUGCUGUGCUCUGGCGAAGCUCGUGCACGGCGUCUAUGUGGGUGAACGUUCUGUGGCCGUUUGUUCCGGUUGCCAUCAUCCUCCAGUUCUUCCCUGGAAUGCAUUUGUGGAAGUUUGCUACCGCCUACAUCGCUGUGAUCCCAACGGCCAAUCUAUUGGGUUUUGCUGGUCAGGAGUUUGCAAGGAAGAUGCCCAAGGUGGCUGGUAUACUCAUCGAGACGACAUUUGGAUCUAUUAUUGAGAUUAUUCUGUUCAUCGUUCUGCUGGCGAAGCAUAAGAACCAGACUUCUGAGGAUAACGGGGAUGAAGGAAACCUUAUUCCUAUCAUCCAGGCCGCAAUCCUCGGCAGUAUUUUGACCAACCUCCUGCUCUGUCUCGGCCUCUGCUUCUUCGUUGGCGGUCUCAAGCAAGCCAGUCAGAAAUUUCACGCCAUUGUGUCAGAAGUCGGUACCGGUCUGCUGUUGGUCGCCGCCUUUGGCCUUCUCAUUCCAAGCGCGUUCUACUCUGCUCUCAAAGCCGAGGUCGUACCCGACUUUCCCGGCUUCAAAGUGUUGCACGAAAAGUUCACAGAGGACAAGCUGCAGGAAGAUGUCGUCCGCAUCAGCCAAGCAACCUCAGUCGCACUGAUUGUUGCGUUCUUCUUGUACAUCUGGUACCAGGCGAGCAGCCAGCACAGCAUCUUCGAUGAGGUCAUUGAAAUGGAUGAGCAUCGGGAUGCUGAUCGUGAGGCGGAUAUGGAGAAGCCCAAGUUUACCAUGACGGAGACGGUCAUUGCUCUUCUGAUUGCUUUGGUGUUUGUCACUGCGCUGCUUAUCUUCCUUGUUGAGAAGAUUGAGCAUGUUGUUGAGAGCGGCGUGCCUGAUCAGUUCUUGGGUCUUAUUCUUUUGCCUUUCGUUGAGAAGGCGGCCGAACACUUGACAGCUAUCGAUGAGGCCUAUGAUGGUGUCAUUAAUGUUGCUCUGUAUCACUGCUUGGGACCUUCCAUCCAGACCGCUCUCUUCAAUGGCCCACUCGUGGUUCUCGUUGGUUGGGCCAUUGGAAAGCCAAUGGACCUCAAUUUCGAGAUUUUCAUGAUCGUCUUGCUUGUGUUGUCUAUUCUGGUUGUUGGAAACUUCCUUCGUGAUGGCGAGUCCAACUGGCUCGAAGGUGCUCUUCUAGUGGUCAUCUACGCGAUUAUCGCCAUUGCCUGCUGGUACUACCCCAACCCUGAUGUUGCCACCUCAAACGGUAUGGAAGGCUCAGAGAUGGUCAAUGUGACGAUGAGCGUUGAUACACUCCGUCAGUUGCAGCAGCUCCUGAACGCGCAUCUACCUCUCUAG